GUUAAUACAUUCAUAAAACUCUGAUUCAGAGUAAGCAGAAGAAGAGGGAUGAAGAAACAUGUGUUGACUGAUUAUUCCAGGAACUAUCAAUCUAUAUCAAAAUCCACCUUUAGGAAUUCAGAAAAGACAGAACCAUAAAGCUGCAUGGAAUUGGUAGGGUUAAGACUGGAAUUGAGACUUUCCAAGUAUCACCAAGACAAAAAAUAAUAGAAUUCUUCUGACCCCUACAUUUAAAAAAAUUUCUUCAAAGUUCCAAAUUACUUCUUUUGCCUCCUCAUUUUUUUAAUAUGAUCAUCAUUUUUUAAUGAUGACAUCAUUAGGGCUGAGGUUGUGAAGUGAAAUGUAAAAAGCACUUUGUUUUAAGUCUUCUACAGAACACAGAAUUCUCUAUGUUUUCUCCCUGGUCAUUUCUCUUAAAAUUAUAAACUCAGCAAAGGAGCACUUUGAAUUCAUUCUACACAUCAGAAAUAUUGAAGUCAAUGGCAACCCAGACACCUCCAGGAUUUUCCAUCUCAAAAAACCCAAACCCUUUCCAGAAUACAAGCUACUGCACAGAUAGAAAAGAGCUUUGGGAUGUUCUGUACAGUGUGCUACCACCAUGGAUCAAUGUCAUUUUUUUUUUUGGUUUGCUAGGAAAUUUAUUUGCCUUAUCUAUCUUCUUCUUGCUCAGGAAACGCCUAACUGUGGCAGAAAUUUAUUUGACUAAUCUGUCAGUAUCUGACUUUAUGUUUAUCAUGGGUUUGCCCUUCUGGGCAGAAAAUGUCCAGGAGCAGUUCAUAUGGCGAUUUGGCCAUGUUCUUUGCUACAUCAUCAAUGGAGUCAUCAAGGCCCAUCUAUUUGUAAGUGUCUUCUUGGUGGUGGCCAUCAGCAGGGAUCGUUACUGUGUUCUCGUCCAUACCAUGAGUAACCAGAUACAACGCAGCCCUAAACAAGCCCGGAUCAUUUGUGCUUUCAUCUGGUUCUUAGGUGGCCUCCUAAGCAUCCCCACUUUUCUGUUCCGGUCAGUGGAAACUAUCCCAAAUCUGAACAUCUCAGCCUGUGUACUCCAAUUCCCACAUGAAAUAUGGUAUUCUAUCAGGAUUAUUGAGCUGAGUGUGGUGGGCUUCAUCCUCCCCCUAAUUGCCAUCAUCUUCUUCAACUCAAAGAUAAUAACCUCCUUGAGAGAUCGGACCAAGAUCAAUAUAAAGAGAUCAGGAAAUACAAAGGAUAUUAAAGCUACCAGUCUGAUCCUUACCCUAGUGAUUGUUUUUAUUAUAUGCUGGACUCCAUAUCAUUGCUUUGCUAUUCUAGAAUACCUAUUCUGGCUGAAAGCUAUCCAGGGAUGCUUUUGGGAAGAAUUAAUUGACUUGGGCUUGAUAUUUGCCAGUUUCUUUGCCUUCCUCAACAGUUGCCUGAAUCCUGUUAUUUUUGUCUUUAUGGGGAAGCUUUUUAGGGUCAGAGUUUGUGAAGUUUAUAAACAAUGCACUAACAGAUGUUCUAUGCCAAUGUAGUCAUGGGAUAGAAAAUAAAAUCCACUGCUUUUAUUUGCCAUUAAAACUUUAGAAGGAC